AUGGCGGCGCGGGCGGGUUUCCAGUCUGUAGCUCCGAGCGGUGGCGGCAGUGGAGCCGGCCCUGGGGCGGGACCGCUAGGACCAGGGACGGCCGGGCCUCCCGUGCGGAUGGGCCCGGCUCCCGGACAAGGAAUGUACCGCUCCCCUCUGCCCGGCGCUGCAUACCCGCGCCCUGGAAUGUUGCCUGGUAGCCGCAUGACUCCUCAAGGACCUGCAAUGGGACCUCCAGGUUAUGGCGGGAGCCCUUCUGUCCGACCUGGGAUGGCUCAGUCAGGAAUGGACCAGUCUCGUAAAAGGCCAGCUCCUCAGCAGAUUCAGCAGGUUCAGCAACAAUCAGUACAAAACCGGAAUCACAAUGCCAAGAAAAAAAAGAUGGCAGACAAAAUUCUACCUCAGCGGAUCCGGGAAUUAGUACCCGAGUCUCAGGCAUACAUGGAUUUGUUGGCAUUUGAGAGGAAGCUGGACCAGACUAUUAUGCGGAAACGGUUGGAUAUUCAGGAGGCUUUGAAAAGGCCAAUUAAGGUAAGGAGGAAGGUGCUGUUGUCUGCUCUCUCCAAGUAUGAUGCUACCAAGCAGAAGAGAAAGUUCUCAUCCUUCUUUAAAUCUCUGGUGAUUGAGCUGGACAAAGACCUCUAUGGCCCAGAUAAUCACUUGGUGGAGUGGCACAGGACUGCUACAACCCAAGAGACUGAUGGGUUCCAGGUGAAAAGGCCUGGUGAUGUGAAUGUGCGCUGCACUGUCCUCCUGAUGUUGGACUACCAGCCUCCACAGUUCAAACUAGACCCACGUUUGGCUCGUCUCUUGGGAAUCCACACCCAGACUCGCCCAGUGAUCAUCCAAGCCCUGUGGCAAUAUAUCAAGACUCACAAGCUGCAGGACCCCCAUGAACGGGAGUAUGUCAUCUGUGAUAAGUACCUCCAGCAGAUCUUCGAGUCUCAGCGAAUGAAGUUCUCGGAGAUCCCACAGCGGCUUCACGCGUUACUUAUGCCUCCCGAGCCAAUUAUUAUUAACCAUGUCAUCAGUGUCGAUCCAAACGACCAGAAGAAAACUGCUUGCUAUGACAUUGAUGUAGAAGUGGAUGAUACUUUGAAAACCCAAAUGAAUUCUUUCCUGCUUUCCACAGCUAGCCAGCAGGAGAUAGCUGCACUGGAUAACAAGAUCCAUGAGACCAUAGAAACCAUUAACCAGUUAAAGACCCAGCGUGAAUUUAUGCUGAGCUUUGCCAGAGAUCCCCAGGGCUUCAUCAAUGACUGGCUGCAGUCCCAGUGUCGAGACCUGAAGGCUAUGACGGAUGUUGUUGGGAACCCAGAAGAAGAGCGCCGAGCUGAAUUUUACUUCCAGCCUUGGGCCCAAGAGGCUGUAUGCAGAUAUUUCUACUCUAAGGUUCAGCAGAGAAGGCAAGAACUUGAACAAGCUCUGGGAAUCCGCAAUACCUAAGCGGGCAGGCCUCCCAACAGGCAGCAUCUCUAACGGCUAGAAA